AUGGCUUCUGGUGCUCAUCAAGUCAUUGCGCUGCUGCAGUCCUGUCGGGCAGCGUACGAGCAGGAAUACCAGCACCUCUCUCCUGCCGACCGCGAGCAGGUCGCACGGGCCUGGAAUUCAAUGAACUCGGAGAUCCGAAGCUCAGCAGCUUCUUCUCAACAAUAUGGAACCUCACUUCCCUCGAAACGAACUGCGUCCGGUGCAAUGUUUGGUGACUUGGAACCCAAUCCGAAGCGUCCCGGCCAUGCGCCGUCGGCUUCCUCGGUUCCAUCGGCACCUUUCCUUGAGCGACACAUCUCAGCACCAGUUGGUCAGUCGACGUCGUCACGGAUCCAACAAGGCCGACCCGCACCACGGACGUCGUCUCUUCCGCACUCCUCAGCGACGAUCGGACCCGUCCCCAUCCCCCGUCGCAGCAGCGGCCAACAACGACGAGGCUCGACAGCCACGUCGUAUCCCAAUCGGUACACUGGAUCCAACCUCCACUACAUUGAGGAGGUCCAGGAUAUGUCGCCGGCAGACUUUCUUGCACGAUCUCCGGAUGACUACGCCAUGCCGACGAUCUCGUUGACGCCUCCUACACACGUGGAGCGUGGUGAGUUCAACAUCAACCAGAUUUCCCAGCUCACAUCAUCACCGUAUUCUCCAGCGAUAGAGUCACCAGGAGUGUACACUCCGAUGACGACGACUAGUGAUUCGAGCAUGACGGCGCCCUCGACAGUAUUGUCGGAGCCCAUGUCUCGUAACAACACAAGUGAUGUUCUCUGCGAUGGCUUUGGGAUGUUUCGCAUGGACUCGCAGAGUUCGGCGAAGGAUCACAAAGCCAACGCGGCUAGGGCUGGCCACGACGCCGCCCGACCACCACAACAGCAACUAUUUCCUUUUUCUUCUUCCGUGGUUGGAACCGGCUUCGGUUGCAACGAGUUUGUGUCAUUUCAGGAUGAGGAGGGGCUUCCCUCAUCAUCGUCUCCUUCUAGUUUUGAGAUGAAGAAUUCUCCCUCUUCCGGGAGCAAUGCUUCAUCUGUUUCCGUUUCUUCUCAAUCGUGUUUCGUGUCGUCCGCUCGAGGGCUUUCCAAUCAGCAGGAAGUCGUGCCUCGUAGCAGUAACACCGUCUCACGACUGUUGGCUCCCAAGACGGAGCAGCGUCUCGCAGCAGAGGUCGCAUCGUCGCAGCAGCAGGCCGACAUGCCCGCACCCAAGCUAGUCGCCGUGCAGGCCGCUGACGGUACAGUGAAGCACAAGGCCGAGAUCACGCGGACGGUCCGACAGCAACUGCCGCGCAAGACUACCUUCUGUGAGUUCUGUAACGAUCAACCGCAGGGCUUCCACGGCGACCACGAGCUGCGCCGGCACAUCGACCGCCACCACUCGCAGGUCCGCCGCGUGUGGAUCUGCAAGGACGCCUCCGCGGACGGCAAGUUCCUCGCCAACUGCAAGGCCUGCCGCAGCCGCAAGAGCUACGGGGCCAACUACAACGCCGCGGCCCACCUGCGACGCGCCCACUUCAACCCGUGCAAGAACCGCCGUGGCGGCCGGGGCAAGAAGAGUGAAGGCCGCGGCGGCAUGGGCGGCGGCAACUCGCCGCCGAUGGAGUUCCUGAAGCACUGGAUGUACGAAGAGCUGGAACUCAACGUCAACGGGCGCGUGAUCGUCCAGGAUAUCAACGUCCCCAGCAUGACCUUCCAGCCUGCGGUCGUCAACGAACACAUCAAGUGCGCCUCGAACCCCCACGCCACCAACGAUAUGGACAACGGCAACGACACCGACAGUUUCGAGCUCGUCGACAGUGUCAACGUCAAUAUGCUGCCCGCGGUGAUCGAUCUCACGCAGGAGCAACUCUACUUUGACAACAUGAUGCCCAUGCCCGAGAACUAUGCCAACGUCGACCACGCCGUGAUGAUGCGGCACACCGCCGCCAUGUACAGCCAAGCUGCUGGGUUCUACCCUGUCAAUGUCAACGAAGCCGGCCUGGCCUUCCAACAGUACUGA